CGAGAUCUCAGCAAAUGUUUACAAAUGGCGGUGGUGGUGAACUAAGCAACAUAAAGAUAAUUCGGAUUUCUCAUUCUCUUUCCAAAGUUAAAAGAUAAAUGCCUAAUAUGUUCUUUCAAUAAUAGUUCAACUGUUUUCACUAGCUCUGCAUUUGUUGAAUAUUGGUAUAACAGUAGCUGACAACAUGUCGCUGCGUAGGGCCAACCUUCCUAUUCUUAGAGCCCCUUGGGACACAACUCAUGAGUACAAUGCCAUCUCUGUUGGAAGCCCCAGACAGCUUUUAACAGCAGACCAGCAGCAGCAGCAGCCAAGACAGAUCACUGAAAUUGUGCCAGUUAGAAAUGAUCUACCUUCCAGAAUAGACAGCAUUGAAGACAGACUUUCUAUGCAAGAACGGAACACGCAGGCUCUGAUUGACAAAGCCUUCAAGAUUAAAGAGGAUGUGAUUGAGAGCCUAAAUUUUACCCAAGGUUCAUGGAAUGAAGAGAAGCAGGCUCGAGCUUUGUUACAGGAACAUAUUCGUACAAUCACUUCUGUAGUAAACAAACUAAAUGGAGACAUAGCAGCUCUAGAAUCAUCCAUAAAAAAUCGUGAUACUGCUCAUGUGACAACAAAUAAUGCUGUGAAAAAUUUGGAAGUUCACCAUGUUCAGUCCCUAACAGACUUGCGAGGGAGGAUAGUUCGUUGUGACAGUUCUAUUUCUAAGUUAAGCGCUGAUGUCCGCUCAUGUUUUGAAUCCAUCAAGCAACUUUCUCAUCAACAGCAAGAAAUACAGAGUCGUAUGAUGGACAGAAUGCAUGGCAUUGAAGCCCAGCUGGUGGCUCUCAACAGUAACAUAGAAAGAAGUCACGGUGAGAGCAGGUUAAAAAUUCAACACUUAGAAGGAGACACCAACACCCAGAUGUCAAUGAUUGACGCUAAAACACGCCAGCUGAUUGAUGACUUGAAAGCCAAUCUGAUCACAAUGCAGAGUACUUUUGACACUGAGAGGGAAAGGUUAGAACAACGUCUGCUCAGCGCCGUCGACAAAGCAGAAGCAAACAAUGAUCUCACAGUGGAAAAAAUCAUGAAAAAAAUAGACGAUGGUCAGUAUGUGACUGAUGCAAGAAUAAUUAAACUUGAAGCAUCACUUCUGGAAUCUCGUACCUAUUUCGAUAACACACAGUCGUCAUCUGAUGGAAAGUAUUUGGCCAAGCUGGAGAAAACUGUUUAUAGACACACCGAGGAAAUCGCUAAACUCAAGAAAGAGUGUAGAGAAGGUUUCUCAACUGUCCAUGAAAGUAUCAGCAACAUGAAAACAGUAGUAGAGGGAAAGCGCAAACUUUUGGAAGACCAGCUCAGGAAAGAGAUUGGACAGUUGCGUAAAAUGGUAGUCCUUGUUUAAAAUAGAAUUAUUGGCAUUCUGUUUGUCAUCUAAAUCAGAAUAUUACGUGGGUUAGAGUUGAUCAAAGUAUUUUAUGAUGGUUCAUGGAAUAAAAAUAUAAUACUGAUAUAUGCAUACAUAAAUUGAUUCUUUAAUUGUUUUAAUUAUUUAAAAAAAAUACUAAUAAAAUAUCAUAAUGAGGUUAAAAGUUAUGCCAUAAAAAAGUUUUUCACACUUAUUUUGUUUUUCUUGUUGCUUAAGAGGAAACCGAGAAUGAAAAAAAAGUCCCUCGUUCCGAUUUUUUAUUAUAUAAGUUCAUAGUUCAUUUAAAUUUUCUAUUUUAAUUAUAUUUGAUUAUUUCUUACAAAUCAGAGAAGAUUUUCAAGGGCAUAUUUUAUUUUUACAAAUGUUUGUAAUUUAAAGUUUAUGCAUAGACAUGGGUUCUAUUCAUUUCUUUUCUAUUUCAUGAACCAUCAUCACAUUUUUGUACUCACAAUGGCUGAUAGCUGUCUGUCUACUUAGCACUGCUUGCUGGGCAUGUUAAGAUGUAUUCUUGGUUUUUAAAUAUCCCAUGAGCUCAAUGUAUAUUUGUAAUGAAAAUGUCCUGAAGGGAAAACAUUCAGCAAUAUUGAGAGAGAAUGUCUGUAAAGAAAUCAGCAGAAUUCUUGAAAUAUGUCCCUAUUCUUGAGACAGUCUUGUCAAAAUACCAUUAGUUUCAUGAAAAAAAUAUUCAAAUUUUAUUGAAUACUUAGAUUUUGACAUAUAUUUAUUAUGUUUCCGAACAUUAUAUAAUUUUUUAAAUUAAUUAUAGCCGUCUUUUUACCUUUUAAUGGAUAUGCUUGGAUCAACAUUAAAAGAGACUGAUCCUCAUACUGUAGGCAUUUGUUUACAUUGUCUUAUCAUUUUUUUUAAAUCCAUGUAUUAAUGUUUAAAUAAAUAAUUCAGUUUAUUCACGAUUCCUGGUCAAAGGGUAGUAACUGUUAAUUAAACAUUUUUUUUAUACUUCGGAAAGGGGCUGUAAUUUAUGUAAACAAAUAAAACAUCUAGGAAAAUAAAUGAAGGGAAUGCACAGUGUAAAAUUGAUUUUCUAUAGUUUUGAACUAGACCUAAUUAAAUAAUAUUUUUUUCUGCUUAUUCAAUUUCUAUUUUUUUUUUUUUA